AGGGGCAACGGGGGCAACGAGGGGAGCAGGCGGAGGAUCCAGAGGAGGGGCCAGAGGAGGAGCAAGAGGCGCAGCAAAAGGAAAAGAAGCAGCAAGAGGAAAAGAAGCGGCAAAAGGAAAAGAAGCAGCCAAAGGAAAAGAAGCAGCAAAAGGAGCAACAGGAGGGAGCGCACGAGGGGGGGAACCAAGUGCGGCGGGAACCGCAAAGGGCAGCCGCUCACGCUCAGGCUGCUUCACCUGCCGUGUGAGAAGGAAAAAAUGUGACGAGACCCGGCCAGUCUGCAGCUCUUGCUCAAAGCUCGCCCUCAAAUGUCACUAUAAAGCCCCCCAGUGGUGGGCCACGGUCGAGCAACGCAAGGCGCAGAUGGGAAAUAUCAGCAGAAGAAUCCGCCAGUCGAAGAUCAUCUCAAAGGAAGACAACCUGCAAGUGUACGUGAAGCGCGUCGGCGCCAUGGCUCAGAAGGCCGCCCCGUCGUCGAGCUCUGAGCCCGUUGAGACAAUGCUUGGAGAGGGAUUCAACCCUUACACUUACACUGCUACCUCGAUUACACCUCUCUCGCCCUACAAUAUCGAUGUGACCACAGAGACCCAGGCAUUCAUACUGCCUCCCCAGGGCAACUCUACGGCUCCGGAUUUUGCCUCGACUCCCACGACAGCCCCCGCCUCAGGUUCCUCUUCAAGCUUGCCCAUCGACCCUUCUCUUGACUCCUUUGGUGGAUCAUCUAGCUCCUCCGUUGGAGUGCCAUCAUCUAGUCAGAGUCUGUCCUUCGGGACCACGAACUAUACGGACCCCAUGAAUCCCUUGACGCCUAUGACACCGAUUACACCUGUGAACCCGAUGCAAUCCAUGAACUCCAGCAACUUCAUGAACCCCAUGUAUUCUAUGAACUCCAUGAACUCCGUGAAUCCUAUGACGCCGAUAACGCCGAUAACGCCCAUGAGCUACAUGGACCCUAUGAACCCUAUGGGAUAUAUGGGCUACAUGAACCAGAUGAACCAGAUGAACCAGAUGAAUCCGAUGAACCAGAUGAACCAGAUGAGCUACAUGAACUCUUUGAAUCCGACAGGUCAGAUGAAUCAGAUGGGCUCAACAAAUUGGACGGACACUAUGAAUCCGAUGGGUUCGAUGAAUCAGAUGGGUUUCAUGAACCAACUCAGUUCCAUGGACCAGGGAGGCUCUACUGACCAGAUGGGCUUCAUGAAUCAGAUGGGCGCUAUGAAUUCAAUGAACCCUAUCACGCCCGUAACACCCAUGAGCUACGUUGACCCUAUGCCCACCCUGAACCUCAUAGGCUCGACCAGCCCAAUGGACCACAUGGACCUGACAAAUCCGGUGGAUUCUAUGAACUCGACGAGUCAAGCAGACUUCAUGAGUCCGAUCAACUCAUUAGACCCCUUGAACCUGGCUAACUCAAUGGACCCCAUGAGCUCAACAAGCGAAGUGGACUUCCUGAACUCAAUGGAUUCGACAGAUUCGACGAAUCUGACCACCCCGGCGAACAUGACGAACUCAAUGGACUCUAUCGACCCGAUAUACCCAGCGGAGCCCAUGAGCCUGGUAACACCAGAGAGUUCCAUGAAUUCGUCAAAUUCAGCGGACCUCAUGAACUCGACAGGCCCAGUGAAUUCCGAGAGCUCGACAACUCCAGCCGAGCAAAUUCAUCCAAUGAAUCCCCCGCCGGCACCAGUGCCAGCACCCGUCCAACAGGGAAGUUCAGGAAAGAGAAAGGUUGGCAGACCUCGAAAGAACCCCAUCACGACCCAAGAAUCUAGCUCGACCCAGAAAUCCAAGUCGACCCCAAAAGUCAAGUCGACCCCAAAAGCCAAGUCGACCCAAAAGCCCAAGCCGACUCAGAAGUCCAACACUGCCCAGAGCUCCAAUCAGGCCCAGAGCUCUCGCCAAAUGGACAAGGGGCUCAUGCAACAGAACCGAACCCUGACGAGCUACCUUCUGUCUCUCAUACCUCUCUCUGAUGAUGACAAGCCUUUUCUUGAGCAUUUCAUCAAUAAGGUUGUGCGGGUGGUGCUUCCCAUCCCUGAAAUAUAUCCAGGGAACCAGACACACGUGACAGAAAUUGUCAACUCGCUGCAGAACAACCGUGCAUAUCUCCAUUGCUGCCUCAGCGCAUCUGCCAUUCAUCUCAAGGCUAGCCAGCGGUUGGACGACCAGCUGGAUCCUGAGAUUAUGAAUCAUCGCUACACCGCCAUAUCACAGCUUUCACGAACCCUGUUACAUGAUAGCGGGGAUAUGCAUGCAUUGAAUGGCACGCUUGCCCUGAUUUUCUAUUACAGUGCUGUCAGCAACCCGGAUGACUAUCUUCCUGACAUUUCAUGGAGACAUCAUUUCACAGCAGUGUGGAAUCUCGUCAAGAAGCUUGACCGCCCGCCAUCUCCAUUCAAUGUUUCCCUGAUUGCUUGGAUUGAUAUACUUGGCUCCACCAUGGUAGGAAAAACGCCUGCUUUUUCUCAUACCUACCGUACGAAGAAUGCGAAGGGGAUCGGAUCUGGUCUUGAACGGCUGAUGGGCUGUAAUGACCGUCUCAUGUAUCUGAUCUCGGAGAUUGCGUGCCUUGAGGACCUUAUAGCCGAUCCUACAUCCAACAUGGACGAACAGGAGAUCAGGAAACAGUUUGCGGGUCUCACUGCCCAGCUGAACUGGGCUGAGGACCCAAACCGGGGCUUCGAAGCCAUCUACAAUCCUAAAGGGGGUAUCAAGCCGGACAAGCUGACCAAGCUCAUCAGUGGGAUAUUUCAGCUUGCAGCCCGCAUCUAUCUUUACAGCGUCAUGCCGGGAUUCGAUUACCACGACGGUACCAUCAUGAACCUGGUCAAUUCUAUCUCGGUCGAUCUGACGUACAUCCCGUCAGGCCCCAACGGGUUUGAUCGCUGCCUAGCAUGGCCAUUGUUCAUGGCGGGGGUGCACUCUACGCCGUCCAGCAAUUUUCGAAGAGUCUUGACCGAGAGAGUGGCGGCUAUGGGCUAUCUUGCCAAGUUCGGCAGUUUCGGUCAAAUGUACCGCAUUCUGAAGGAAGUUUGGGUGGCCAGGGAGGGUCCACUCACUACGCCUUCGAAUGCCGCCGAACCUCAGCCGGGCGAGUCCAGCGAGGGGGCUGAUGGGGGUUCUCAACAACCCCCACCGGAGGAAUGUCACUGGCGGGAGGUCAUGAAGCGCAAGAACUGGGAAUUCUUGGUCAUGUAAGAGAGGAAGUCGGGCAGGGAAGCCGCAGGAUUGGAAAUCAUCAAGGCAAGACUGACAGUGUCAGCACCUCUGGUAAGUAAUUAUGGGCGGGACUUGUGUCUGGAAGCUUAAAGGGUUGAGAGCUCACCGUGGUUGCUCCCCUGUUUCUUUUCGUAUCUUUUUAUUUAUCAUCUCUUUCGUGUUGAUGUUCUGGUUUCACUUUGC